CUUGUUACUUCCUCGGCCGUCAGAAGUAGCAACUACUACACUACUUUACAAAGAGCCCGCUACUCCAAUAUUCUCCGUCUAGGUGCACACAGACUACGCAAUAUGAGCUGCGGCCCCGCCUGUGUCUGCCAUCCUCCCGUCACUGCACCCGCAGUCCUCCUUCGGCCACGAACGAAAGCGAAACGUCUCGGGUUCGCUGCGUCUCUGACAACUCGUGAUCCUGCCAAGCCUGUGGAUCAAAGUCCCGUGCAUACACACGGCAAGGAAACACUCAUACAGACGCUGAGUCAUGGGGAGUCGCAUACGGAAGUGCUUGUGAAUACGCAAGAAGGUAGUACCUGUGCAGCGUGUUGCUCGGGCGUUACAUUUGACUUGGAUUCUAUUGUACGGCUGCCGGACAUUGAAGGCUGGCAGGGAAAGCUCGCAGAUUUGCAAAAGAAUCCAGCAUUUAAAGCGCUCAAGAUUGAUUUGAUUGGGUUUGAGCCUGGUGCCAAGCUAACGAGUGUUCCCGCGCUACCGAAGCAAUCCAUCACCUUGGAACCUGCACAGUCCCCUCCGUCGCCUCCGGUAUCGCCGCAGCGUGACAACUCCACAAACGGACAGAGUUCCGCGUUAUCCUCACUGGUCCACCCGCCAGACUACUUGCAACCACAUCCACCUCACAAAGUCUUUUCGGCGCCCAUUCUCGAUGCGCAUCGCAUGACGAAAGAUGGUGCAUCGAAACGUGUCUAUCACAUGAGUAUUGAUGUAUCAGAAUACCCGCUCGGCCCAGGCGAACAAUGGCUUGUUGGUGGAUCAUUCGGUGUUUGCACAGCAAACGACGAAGAGAGUAUCAAUGCAGUAUUACGCGCAUGCGGCGAGUCACUCGAAUCAGCAAAACAACCUAUCCUCUUGAAAACACAAGGUGGUCGUUGGCCCACUGUGUGGGGUGAUGAAGAAGCCAGAUCAUUGAAAACCACAAAAGCAGACAUCUUGCGCUGGUGUUCAGACAUCUCAGCAAGUCCCAUCAAAAAGACUGCUUUGCGGCUACUAGCGGCACAUACACGAGAUCCACUAGAGCAGCAAGUAUUGCUCUUCUUGAGCGCCCGGCAGGGACAAGCGGCAUUUUGUGCGUUGCGGUCAGGGGAUCCUGUUACUUUACCGCAUCUUCUUGCUGCUUUCCCAAGUGCGCGACCAACAUUGGAGAGUCUGCUCGCCGUCUAUCCACAGCUCAUGCCACGGUGGUACUCCCUUUCAUCAGAUCCAAGCUGUAAUCAUGGAACCCUUGAAUUUGCCUUUACGGUCGCUGAAGUUCCAUGCUAUAAAGGUGUCCCGAGACCUGGUGUUGGCUCUGGCUUCCUCGAGCGACUCGCACUGGAUUUCAUGAAUGGCAAGCGAGAAGGAAGAUUACCCAUGUUUCGUGGACUGCAUGCCAAUCCCUUCACAAAAGAUUUCGCCGAUACGGGACCCAUGAUUCUCGUGGGUGCUGGCGUGGGUAUUGCUCCGUUUCGUGGAUUUGUCCAACGUCGUGUAUCGUCUGCGAAAUGUGCGGGUAAGGUGUAUGUGAUUCAGGGAUGUCGUGAUUCGCAAUUCGACAGUAUUUAUGGGAAUGAUUUGCAGUCUGCUGAGCACUGUAUUGUUGAGUCGCAAGCGGGUAGGCGCGAGUACGUCCAGGAUGAAGUGGUGCGUCAGGGUGAACUCAUCUGGCGCGUCAUGACGAAAGAAGGCGGGCGCAUCUAUGUCUGUGGUGCGGCCAAGGGGUUCUUGCAAGGCAUUGAAAAGGCGUUGCGGAAAGUGGCGACGAACCAAGGGCUGAGCGAGGAGGAAGCAAAGGUGCUGUUUAUGAAGUGGCAGGAUCCGCUUGAUCUGCGGUUGAUCCUGGAGGUCUGGUAAUCUACUUAGAGGCAAAUAGGGUCGGUAGCAUGGAGGAUAAGGAAGUACUUGGCUGCUGUCGC